UCUGAGUUUGCAGCAAUGCAUUGUGGGAGGUAAACACAGGGACGCGCUAGCAGCAUAGAGGCUAGCUUCUUUGCAGAGGACGGCGGGGUUUGGCGUGAAUAUCGGAGCGGCAGCAGUGAAAAUGUCUUCGGUUCAGUCUCUCCGAGAGUUUAUCGGUGAGCGGUUAACUGCUGCCGCGGAGGAAAUCUUCAGUCAUGUGGAGGACACCAUCGUCCAGCUGGAGGCAGAGCUGGAGCGGCAGCGCAGACUGCUGGACAUCGUUCUGCAGCCGCACAUGCAGCUGCAGACGACAGGUCUCCCCAACUCGUACCUGAGGAACCAGGAGGAGGCGGAGCUUCUGCAGAUCAAGGAGCAAGAGGAGGAGAUCUGCAUCAGCCAGGAUGAGGAGCAGUGCGGUCUGAGGCAGGAGGCCAGAGCUUUGGUGGAGACUUCUUUUUAUGAGGAAAACCAGCUCAGUGGAGAAACUCUCAACGGUCAGCAGCUCCAAACUCAGAGCUUCAAUGAUGGCCAGGAUGAAGAAGAUCCUCAGGAAGCAUCAACCACAGACGGAGAGACGGAACCUCCAAGCAGAGACGAAACCGACGGCAGUCAUGUGGAGAAAAUGUCUGAAGUAAAUUUCCGCAGUAAAAAACCCUUCAACAGCAAGACAAAGAAACGUCAAAGAGGCCAAACUGUCCGCAGAUAUCCUUGUAAAGAGUGUGGGAAGACCUUUAAGACUCCUCACUGCUUGACGUACCACAGAAGAACCCACACGGGAGAGAAGCCCUUCUCCUGCAAAGUGUGCGCUAAAAGCUUUCACCUGAGCUCCUCCCUGAAGAACCACAUGAUGAUUCACACCGGAGCGCGGCCCUUCUCCUGCGCAGAAUGCGGUAAACGUUUCAGUAGAACUUCCACUCUCAAAACCCACAUGGUGACCCACACGGGAGCGCGGCCCUUCUCCUGCCAACAAUGUGGAAAACGCUUCAGUCGGGCCUCCACGCUCAAGAGUCACAUGAUCUCUCACACCGGAGCAAAGCCCUUCUUUUGUUCGCUGUGUGCUAAGAGUUUCACUCGAAGCUUUCAUCUGAAAUGUCACAUGAGAACUCACAGGGCGGAAGCAGCUUUAUUGUGAAGAUGCUGGAGCUUCAACAGAAGAACGAGCUAAACUCAGGAGGAUGACAGCAGCACCUUGAGGCGAGCAGCAAGUCAGAAAUGAGACCGUCAGGGCGGAGCAUUAGCUUCACCAACAUGAUGGUGACGUCUGUCAAUGUCCCCACUUUCUCCUCCAUUAGAGGGAGCCUCUGAUGUUCAGUUAGCAUCUGUUAACAUUAUUGAGUUAGCAUUUCUUAACAUUGUUGAGUUAGCAUCUGUUAGCAUUGCUAAGUUAGCAUCUGUUAACAUUGUUAAGUUAGCAUCUGUUAACAUUACUGAGUUAUCUUUAAAUGUUGGUGAGUUAGCAUCUGUUAACAUUAUUGAGUUAGCAUCUGUUAACAUUGUUGAGUUAGCAUUCGUUAACAUUACUGAGUUAUCUUUAAAUGUUGGUGACUUAGCAUCUGUUUGCAUUGCUAAGUUAGCAUUUCUUAACAUUGUUGAGUUAGCAUCUGUUAACAUUACUGAGUUAUCUUUAAAUGUUGGUGAGUUAGCAUCUGUUAGCAUUGCUAAGUUAGCAUCUGUUAACAUUGUUAAGUUAGCAUUUGUUAACAUUGUUAAGUUAGCAUUUCUUAACAUUGUUGAGUUAGCAUCUGUUAGCAUUACUGAGUUAUCUUUAAAUGUUGGUGAGUUAGCAUCUGUUAGCAUUGCUAAGUUAGCAUCUGUUAACAUUGUUGAGUUAGCAUUCGUUAACAUUACUGAGUUAUCUUUAAAUGUUGGUGAGUUAGCAUCUGUUAGCAUUGCUAAGUUAGCAUUUGUUAACAUUGUUAAGUUAGCAUUUCUUAACAUUGUUGAGUUAGCAUCUGUUAACGUUGCUGAUUUAGCAUCUGUUAACUUUGUUGCUAGCCUUUCAUUUUUGGUUUGUCUAAAAAGACUUUGCAUUAUGUAAAUCUGAAGCGUCUUUCCUUAAAGUUUUUAUUUUUAAUGUUCUGAAAUAUUUUUUUAACAGAAAAACGUCUGUAUUAAAUUUGUUUAUUGUUGAGCUGUCAGUUUUUUUGUUUGUAGCUAUACAAAUUGAUGAGGGACUUCAGCGUUUCAUUGCAGUUUUACUCUAAAUCAAAUUCUAAAAAUGCCUUUUAUGAAAGUUAAACUUCUUUAUUCAAGAGGAUUCUGCUUAUGCAGCAUUAGCUUAAAACCACCUCGUGACUUUGCUUAAAAUUAAAAAGAAAAUCUUGUUUUCUUUGUAUUCUUUUUUUAGCAUCCUGUUGUUGCAGCUGAUCACCUGAAAAUGAUCUGUAGUUAUUUAGUCAAACCAUCUGCAUGUAUUUUGUCACCAAGAAAUGAAUCAAACUGGAACGCUCAACAUAUCAGUCAUUCAUUAAAUACUAUUUAUCCAGAUGUUCAUGGGUAUUAAACAAAGAAAUGGUAUAUUGUCAAUAAAGUUUUUUCAAAUAUA